AUGCCGUCAGAUAAAUACGAAGAAGAGGAAAAGAGGAUCUCAGAGGCCUUAGAGAUACUUAGGAAAAAUCCGAAGCAAAAAAUGAAGCCUUUGGCGCGCCAAUUCGGUGUGGAUUACCAACGGCUCCGGCGACGCGUGUUAGGCGGCACUUCCCAACUAAACCGACAACCAGCGCAUAAGCGAUUGACGGACGAUCAAGAACGCGCUAUAAUUCUAUGGAUGAAUGAUCUAGAUGACAGAGGAAUCCCUCCAAGCGUCCGCAUGAUAAAGAAUUACGCCGAAAAAGUGCAUCAAAAUAUGCACCCCAGCGCGGAUAGUCUCCCUCAACUCGGAGAUCGCUGGGUCUAUCGCUUUCUUAAGCGACUAGGCAACGAAUACGUUAAAGUGAAGCAAAAGACUAUCGAUCCGAAACGGCAUAUUGCUGAGGACCCAGCUGUCAUACAGACCUGGUUUGACCGUCUAGAAAUCGCAAUACAAAACUAUAAGAUUACACCUUCUAAUAUUUGGAAUUUUGACGAAUCUAGCUUCCAAAUUGGACAAGGAGGAGAUGAAGAAGUUAUAACAAGAUAUCCAGAUGCUUUAAGAGAGAUUCCAAGCUCUUCUUCACGAGAAUUAGUCUCUACAAUCUAG